UGUUGGUGUUGUACCAUGUCUGCCUGGGAUCUAUAUAACAGGCUCUCGGAAAGCAAGAGAGCAUCUGAGACGCCUCCAGUUCAGCUGUCCACCAGUUGUAUCCAUCCAGGAGAAGACCAUCACAAGGUCAACCAGAAGAUGGGACUUGUCACCUAUUUCAGCCUUUGCUUCCUUGGACUCCUGAUUGCCAAUCCUUUCUUAGAAGCGGAGGCCAGCUCCUGUGCCAGGCAAUGGCUGCAAAACCAGGGCAACUGUUAUGCGUAUUUUGAUAAUAAGCUGACCUGGCAAGAAGCUGAGAUCGAGUGCCAGAGCUAUGGCCGUGGAGCUCAUCUCGCUUCUGUGCUCACCAAAGCUGAGACUUUCUUGGUGGCUCAGCACAUCUCCACUUACCAACGCGACCUAAGCAAUGUCUGGAUUGGCCUUCAUGAUGUCCACCAGAACAGGAAAUGGAGGUGGGCUGAUGAAUCAACUUACAACUACAAGGCCUGGAUAAAUGAUCAGCCAGACAAUUAUGGUAAUAUUGAGUACUGUGUGGAGCUGGUGCUUUCUACAGGUUUUACAGAGUGGAACGAUGUUCCAUGCCAGAUGCUCAAUGCCUACAUCUGCAAGUAUGAGCUGUAGAGCCACCUGUAGCCUCUGCUUGUGGGCAUGCCAUUGGAUCAGAUGAAGAUAAACCAGGUUACGCUGUGGAUGCCUCUUUCAUGCCAUUCAUUACCACCCGCCACCCCACAGAAUGGAAGACCAGCUCUCAUCUAUGCCCCUUCAAAAUCCUGCUUCAGAAGAGAUGACUAGGAGUUCUCCUCCUUCUCCUGACUCUUAUCAGUCACAGUGUCCUGUGAAUAAACUCGUUCUAGUGCAUGCAUAA